UAACUUUCCAGAGCAGUCCGGUAUGCUUCCUUGUCACGGUCGCCCGCUGUGUGCUGGGACGCCACUUUUUUCUGAUCAUCUGUCACAUCGGAUUGUCAAGAUUGGUUUGUUGCAGGAGAGCUAAAUGCAGGCAGCUUUCACUCCCGCUACUCGGUUUUGACUGGACUGGAGUUAUCUGCUGAUUUUGUCACAUAGGGAUAUUCGGUCAGAGGUGUCUUGCCAUACAGUUUCCAGAGCAACAGGUUGCCAGGAUCGUUCCUGUUAUUUUUCGUGACUCUGCUAGACCAUAACCUGUCGCACGAUUACUCCGAUUGUUAACGAUUCAGGAAGAGAACCUUGUUUUAUGUUACAUGCGCUCCACACACUGGGUCUUGUUACUUGUUUUAUCCUCGAUGGGGCGGAUGAUGAAGGUGUUGCGCUCUUUGAAUUAUUGAUGGUCAGUGACUUUUUGGAAGUAAGCAGCCAGAAGAAAUCUCUCAAGGGCAAGGAACUUUAAAUUACCCCAUCGGAAAAAUUUAGCUAUGCCAGUCCCACCACCUCCUCCACCACCACCACCACUCCUUGCCCCUGCCGUUGGUGGACCUCCUCCUCCUCCACCACCACCUGCAUUUUCUCAGGGCAACACUGAACAGCCCAAACCUAAGGCAAAUGAGCAGAAAGGCCGUACUGCUCUAUUGGCAGACAUUCAGAAAGGGAAACAACUGAAGAAGGUCACACAAAUUAAUGACCGCAGUGGCCCGGCGCUUGACACACCCAAGUCCCAGAGCCAGGAUGCCGGAGUUAGCACAUGUAAAUCAGGGCCUUCUGCAACCCCUCUGGGUGGACUAUUUGCAGGAGGCUUCCCUGUCCUUAAACCUGCUGGUCAAAGAGAAGGCCAAGGAUUGAAAUCUGCCAUUUCACCACCAGGAAGCCAGUGUCAGACACCAAAACUUUCAAACACAGACACUGGUAAAGCAAAAUCAGGUGUUAUUUCUCCUCCUGUUGCAGAAAACACCAGGGCUUCAAAAAUACCAGACUCACAAGCACGUCGAUCCAGCCUGCCAGUACCACCACCACCUCCUCCUUCACAUGCUAAGCCUAUAUUUAGCCUUCCUGGUACCCCAAAUUCUAGCUCUUCAAUGCCACCUCAGGAGAAACCCAGUAAAUUAUUACCUCCUCCACCUCCUCCUCCACCCUUAUUAAACAGUAAACCCACUUGGCAUCAAAGCCACCAGUCCUCUCCUUCACCUCCAUCACCUCCACUUCCUCCUCCUCCUCCUCCAUCUAUACCAGCAUCUAAACUCCCAGACAGACUAUCAGGAAGCUUCCAAUUCCCUCCCCCACCUUCCAUGCCUGAUGGUCAUAGUAGAGAUAGUUUAGUGACUCCUUCACCAAUUCCCACUUUUCCUACUAGUAAGUGUACCCUAACUUCACCACCACCACCCCCACCUCCUCCACCUCCUUCUAAAUUAACUGUGUAUACAUCCAAGUCAGACUUGCACUCUGUGCCGCCUCCACCCCCCCCACCAUCUGUCACAGCAAAUGCAACCUUGGCACAUAGAAGACCACCAGCAGUGCCCAAAGGACAAGGUGGUGGAAGGCUAGCACCCCCAGUGCCACCUGCACGUUCACCAUCUACUGAACUCACCAGCAGAAGCCCUGUAUCUUCAGUAACGAACUGGCCGCUGCCACCACCACCACCUCCUGUGUUCCAUACAUCACUGUUUUCUCAGAAUGGGCAAAGUUGUGAUGACUUUGAAUCAAAGUUCAAAUUUCAUUCCAUGGAUGACUUUCCACCUCCAGAUGAAUUUAAACCAUUUCCAAGAAUAUAUCCCAGCAAAGAGUCAAAGGAAAACUCAAAACCGCCUGUCUUAAGGACUCAUUUGAGAUAAGGAAUAGAAAAAGUUCAGAAACCAGACAUCCCUGCAGAUAAAAGAAUUUUGGAUUGUUUUAGAGAAUACAAAACAAGAAACACAAACUCUGAGACCACUGUGUAAACCAUGUGGUUCAGCUUUUAAGGCAGACUACAUUUAAAGUGAAGGGCAGUUUUAAAAUGAUCAGUUUCAUUUAUAUAAUACAUCAAUGUGGCCAAAUUGAACUUAUAAUAUAUUUAUCAAUUUAGUGCAACACUGAAAUGAUAUAUUGACUUUUAUUAUAAUUAUCUACUGACUGCGGUGGGCUGGCGCUCUGCCCGGGGUUUGUUUCCUGCCUUGUGCCCUGUGUUGGCUGGGAUUGGCUCCAGCAGACCCCCGUGACCCUGUAUUAGGAUAAAACGGGUUGGAUAAUGGAUGGAUGGAUGGAUUAUCUACUGAUAAAGUUGUUAAAAACAGCUGCCUAUGUUUGUGAACAAUCAAAGGUUCAUAGACAGUAAAUUCCUGUCCAGAUUUAUUUGAUUUAAUUUUGAUGUGCUUCUCCUCAAUUCUGCCAUCUAAAUUGUUUUGUUUGAAUAUAAAAACGAAACAUUAAGUAGUGUUUACCUAUACCACGUUGAAAGUCAUUUUAUGUAAAAGUAUUAACAGUGUGUAGCACUGCCUGCCUGCCUCUCUGGCCCUUGAAUGGUAUUUGCUUAGGUAGGCUAUGGUGAACAAUGCGAUGGUGUACUGUCAGACCAGGUGUGUGGCUGUUUCUGCCAUCUUGUCUACUUUUGAUGUCUGCCUUACACCCUCUGUUCUCAGGAUUAGAUUUAGAUUCCCACGAUUUAUAGAUGGGUGAAUAAACUGGAUGGCCAGAUAAUAUAUUUUGCAUAUAAUAAUACUUGUAUGAAUGAAAAGUAUGGCAAGAGAUUUUUGUACAUAAUUUGAAAGAAAGUAAGCUUGCGGAGUUGAUCCAAGGUGUUGAUCUCAGGUUAUGAUUCCAAUUGUUACCUAAAAUAUGAUUUUAAGAUAACACAUUUCACAAUAAUAUAAACUCAACCUUCCAUCUUAAAUAAUAAAAUGCUUUAAAUAUUUUAAUUGUGUUUGUAUCUCAAAUGAGUUAUACAGAAGGUAAUUCACCACACCAAUACAGUAUGUGGACAGUUACAGGUAGUUUUCACAGCUACACUACAUGCUUUGUGAUGAGUUCCAAAACAUAUCAAGGUUCAUUAAAAAGGUAAGAGACAUUACUGACUCUCACAGUUCAGCAAACAAUUGCCACAAUCUGAUGCUGCUAAUCAGUGUAAUCUGCUAGAAAUGUUUUGUUUUUCUUAAAUCUUAACUUCUUGAUAUAAAUUUAAAGGACAUAUUUGAGGUGAAAGUUUAAAAAUCACUAAAAUGUAAUUACUUCAAUUCUUUAUGAAGCAGUGAUAAACAUUCGUAACUUCUUUACAGUAUUUUUCCUUAAAAAUAUUAAACAAUUAGUGAAAAGCAUACUACAUAUUUGGAGUAAUGCAUAUUUUGCUCUGUAUUCUAUGUUUCUGUAAAUAGUUUUUUGGGGGGGGGGUAUUUAUCUGGUGAUCUUUAUAAAAUAAUUACUAUGAUGCUUAAAAUUUCAAUUUGUUAUUGCAAAUAAAAACCACUUGUGUUUUCUUGACUGUUUUUUUUCCACUGUUUUUCUGUAAUGUUAAUUAUAUAAUAAAGACAUUUAUAUUUGGUCA